GUACUACUCAGCACGUCACAUCGCCUGAUGAAGAAUGGAUUGAGAAAAAACAGGCGACUGAUAGAUACAGUAGGAAUUGUGGGAAUCGCCAAAGUCUCCCCUCCUCUAUGUAUCGUCGGAUAACAAGCAUCUCUAGCUGACCGACCUGCUCCAAUCCAUUGCCUGAAAUUUGUAAUGAAGAAAAUGGUUCCUCCUAAGCGCACCGCGAUCUGGAUUGGCCUUCUUCUCUGCCUAUCUUCCCUGUCCGAUUCCGUGCAGGGUGGCAGGGUCCCGGGGCUGUACGUGCUCGGCGACUCACAGUUGGACGUCGGUAACAACAACUACUUGCAGACGACGAUCAGGGCGAACUUCCCCCACAACGGCGUCGACUACCCGGGGCACCUGCCCACCGGCAGGUUCAGCAACGGCAAGAACUUGGCCGACUUCAUCGCUGGAAGUCUCAGUGUCGCCACGCCUCCUGCAUAUCGCUCCAUCGGCAACUUCACAGGAAAUUCCUCGAUAUUUCUCAACGGCGUCAACUUUGCAUCCGGGGGUGCAGGAGUCUUGAAACUUACAAGCAAGGGCCUCACCAUCAGCUUCGACGAACAAAUCAAGCGCGAUUACUCCAUCGUAAAUGCAGGACUGGUGCAGCAGCUCGGCAAGACUCAGGCCUUGGCCCACGCGGAGGGAUCGAUCUUCGCCAUUGGAGUGGGUGGCAACGACAUAGCCAAUCGCAUCUCCUUAGACGACCCCGCUGAUGAGCAGAAGCUCCUGACAAGCUCCGACUCCAAUCAGCAGUUCAUCGACUCAUUGGCGCAUUCCUUGAAACGCCAACUUCAGAGGCUUUACGAGCUGGGAAUGCGCAAGUUGUUCUUUGUGGGUACGGGGCCACUUGGGUGCUAUCCGUUGCUGCGGCAGGGAAGUGUCACCAAGGAAUGCAACGCGGAGGCCAACUCUUUGUCGAUGCAGUACAACACCGGGGUUCAGAAACUCCUGCGCGAAAUGAGCACGCGGCAACCGGACUUUCGGUACUCCUUCCUGGACCAAUACGCUGUGUUGAAGAAGUACAUAAAUGAACCACAAGCAAAUGGCUUUGCUGAAGUGGAAGCGGCGUGCUGUGCUCUCGGGGACAAGGAUGCCAUGUUGAUAUGCACCCCGGAGAGCCAACUCUGCUACAGCAGGACGAACCACAUCUUUUGGGACGGCGCACAUCUCACGGAGGUCACCACGCAGAAGCUCGUCGCGGUCGCCUUCAACGGGUCUGCGCCGCUGGUUGCUCCAGUAAAUUUGAGGCAGCUCAGCGCUCCAUAGGUCAAGACUCAAGAGUGUACCCCCCAGCGUGUCAUAUUCGGUGCUGUGAGAGGCUGAACAGUAACCAACAGUGGGCUCAACAGUAGUUGAAAACAAUGAAUGCCCCCCCUUAUUGACA